GAAAGUAAACGCCAGUGUCUCGUGAACUGCUUCGCGAUCGAGGUCGUGACACCAUGAAAAUUACAAUUUGUGCCUUUUUGGCAUUAGCGGCCUACGUCGCAGCCGACAAUAAAGUUGUGUGCUACUACAACAGCAAGGCCAAUUUCAGAGACAGUCAAGGAAAAUUCGAGAUUAACUUCAUAGACCCUGCCCUACAAUUCUGCACACAUUUGAUUUAUGGCUACGCUGGCAUAAAUGCAGACAACUUCAAAGCAGUUCCCCUCAAUGAAAUCUUUGACGUUACCAGAGACAACUACAGACACAUUACAGCACUCAAGAGAAGAUACCCCGGACUGAGAGUACUUCUGUCAGUUGGUGGAAACGAAGACAAAGGAGACGAUGACAAUAUCAAAUACAGGACAAUCCUUGAAUCAGUCGACCAUCGUCUAUCAUUCGUCAACUCUGCACAAGCUCUAGUCAAAAAUUUCGGCUUCGAUGGCUUAGACUUGGCGUGGGAGUUCCCACAAACCAAACCAAAGAAAAUCCGCGGGAAAAUCAGCGGGUGGUUCAGCAACCUGAAGCAUAAAAUCGUCGGAGAGUCUGUAAUCGACGAAAACGCUGAACAACACAAAGAACAAUUUACCGCCCUUGUUCGCGAAAUCAGAAACGCGUUCAGACACGACGGCCUUCUUUUAACAUUGUCCGUUCUGCCGAAUGUUAAUAGUUCAGUUUACUAUGACCCUCGAGCUCUGGCCCCAAAUCUCGACUUCAUCACCCUACAAGCUUUCGAUUUCUACACCCCUGAACGCAACCCUAAAGAAGCCGACUACCCUGCACCUCUCUAUGAAUUAAUUGACCGAAAAUAUGACGAAAAUGUUGACUAUCAAGUCAGGUACUGGUUGCAGAAGGGUGCUCCUAACAAUAAGCUCGUUUUGGGUAUUCCUGCUUACGGACGUGCCUGGAAGAUGGACGAAGAUUCUUCAAUUAGUGGAGUACCUCCACUGCUCAUCGACGGAAGUGCUGAAGCAGGGCCGUACAGUAAAGAAGAAGGGUUGCUCAGCUACCCUGAGAUUUGCGUCAAGCUUGCCAACCCCCAGAAACUAUCAACAGCUGCAGGAAAGCAUCUGAGAAGAAUGGGAGAUCCCUCAAAGAGGAAAGACGAAUGGCACGAAAAUGAUGCUACUAAGAGAUACGGUACUUUCGCUUUCCGUCUACCCGAUGAAAACGAAGAAGGUGGCAUCUGGGUGGGCUACGAAGAUGCCGACACUGCAGGAAAUAAAGCCUCAUACGUCAAAGCUAAAGGAUUAGGCGGUAUUGCUAUCGUGGAUAUUACUUUGGAUGAUUUUAGAGGCCUUUGCACUGGUGACAAAUAUCCUCUGCUCCGUGCCGCUAAGUUUCGCCUGUAACUGUAAAAGAAUUCCGUUGUCGUAAUUUUUUUCUGUCCCGUAAGGUGAUUUUAACUUUGAACCGUGAUAUUACAAACUUGGAAAUAAAAUUUUGUACAUCA